AUGUCUUCUGAACAGGGAAAUGGAUCGAAUCCUUCCACGUCGCCGGAGGAAGAAGGGUCUCAAACAAUCCCUUUUGGCCGGAGAUCGCAAAGAGCUCCAAGAGGGCAAAGAGUUUUCGCUCCGAAGCUAUUGGAGGCUCUCCGUCGAUCACGGACAAGUUCGGAAGCUCCGGCGAGCUCUCAUAGCCGGAGAUGGAGAGAUACGGCGGCGCAGAAGGUGUAUUCCUUAAAGCUCUACAACGCUCUACGCCGAUCACGGCGGAGCACAACAGUACGGGACACGGCAGACAAAGUUCUUGCGGCUACAGCUCGUGGUACGACUCGGUGGAGCCGAGCGAUUUUAGUGAGUCGAGGUGGAACGAGUCUGCACCGACAAAAGUAUACAAAGCCGGCGUCGGCAUUUGCGGCAGCGGUCGGGGGAAGUGGUGGUGGGAGGAGGAGGAAGUUAUCAGUGGUGGGAAAACGGGUGCGGGUUUUGGGUGGGUUGGUGCCGGGUUGCCGGAGAACGGCGUUACCGGAGCUUUUGGACGAGACGGCGGAUUACAUAGCGGCGUUGGAAAUGCAAGUGCGAGCCAUGACAGCUCUAUCGAAGAUUCUGUCUGAGCUUCAGCCGUCUGAUAAGCUCGGUUCGACGGCUUUAUAG